AUGGCUACCAACCCCCAAGAGCACUCGAAUGAUGCCCUUUUCCGAAUCUGUGAAGACUAUCUCCGUAGGAUCACGGGAAUGUCGGUUGACUUCCUGCGCUCUGAGGAGCUCAAAGAAAAGUUGGAUCUCGGAAUAGCGCGAGACGCGGAGGGAAAUCAUUAUUCCCCGAGGAAGUCAUCUUUCCAACAGCGGCGGGACAAGGAGACAAGCAAGCGUCAAGCGGAUGCCCAGCCAGAGCCUGCAAGGUGCGACAAGUGCAAAGCAAAGACGGAUGAACAGCCCGUCAAAAAAUGA